AAAUUUCGGUAUAAUGUCAAAAGAUUAUGCAACGUAUUUUGGGCUGACAUGCGAAGCAUCGAGAGUUUGACAAUGUCCGAUAGUAUUCUGCGUUGAAACUGAUGAAGUUUAGGGUUUCCAUGCCCUUCGUUUGGAGUGCUUCAUCCAUUUAUUGUGAAGAUUAUUCAUCUGGAUUGCUUAUGAACUUGAAUUUCUUCCAUUGAUCCGACAAUUUUGGCGGGGGUCAUUGAUUAUUGCUAUGGAUUUGGAAAGUGAAUGCUCAAUCUCUGCGGAGGAAAAUGAAGUCGGGCAGAACAAAUCGCCUCAUGAUGGUGAAAAUGGGGCUGAGAGUAAUCUCUCUUGUCCUGAUGGAGAUUCAACAGACCAAAAAGGAAAACUUGCUGGAUUAGAUGGUGAAGAGCCUCAGCGUCUGAGCGGAACAAAUCUUUCCGAGAGUUCACAUCCGACAACUAAAGGCUAUGGAUUGAAGAAAUGGAGGAGAAUUAAGAGGGAUGUUGUUAAGGACCAAAAUACAUAUCUAGAUUCGAGCAAAUUGUUGAAGCGAGGUUUGUCUGGCGUUGCCAAUUCAACUAAAGCCCAGCCUUUUCCACAUGAUAUUCAACAGAAUAGUGAGGGUUCUAUUGGAUCCUCAAAUGUGUUAAAAAAUGUUGGGUUUACUUACGGCUUAGCAGUGCGUGGCUCUAGUUCAGAUUCCAAAUAUGCGGUUGGAUCUGCUUUUGCAGUUGGGACGGAUUCUGAAAAUAGUGAAGAUCGGAGUAGCAAAUCAUCAACGGCAGCUAGCGCGCCACACAGAUAUGCGAAGGAAAAUAGCCAGAGUAGGAACAUCGGUUCAAAUGUUUUUGCGAAUUCAACUCAAAAGGUUCAACAUGGAAAAGGACAGAUUGAAAGCAGUAAAAAACAUCGAGGUGAAAGAGUAAAAGCGAGGAAGCAAAAUUCUCACUCCAGUACGGAUUCUGAUUCAAGAAGUUCCAACGUUAAUCGAAAUGCUUUUACAGUGACUAGUAAUGGAAAACACUGGGAAGAGUCAGUUAUUUAUCACGAAGGUAACAGCGGUGAUGCUCACACUAAUGAACAUUUUCCUGAUGAAGUUCACGUUGGAUAUUGCAAAGAAAACGUGGUAGAAGAUGAAGGGCUUUUUCAGGGGAAUUUGGCCACGAAAUUUUCUUGGGAUUUGAAGGAAGAGAAAAGCGAUAGCAAACAGCCUUCAAUGGUGGGGGAUCCUCUAGUUGAAUCCAUUCUUAGUCUCCAGUCUGUACAGGAGGCGCUUGCAGAAGUAACCAAUCUGUGCGUUCUUGCAGAAGUCCAGAAGCUUAGGGAGAUUGGACAUGAGCAUCUCUCACCGGGUGAUGAAUCAAUUAAAUGUGCCACGGCAGCAGCUGAAUUUGGUUCUGUUGACCCCAAAUUCCAUGAGUCAUGGUUUUCUGGCCAGUCUGAAGUCGAAGGAAUUAAACAAACUGCUUCAAGUUUCUUGGAACAUCGGUUGAUGAUGAGCCUGACCGAAAAUGUAAAUAAUUUAGAACUCAAGUUGGAGGAAACACAGAGAAUACUUGCUGCGAAGAAUUCAAGGAUCGCUGAACUCGAAACAUCCCUGAGAAAUGACAAGCCUCCUAGCAUAGAAUCAAGUACCCUCGUGCAUUUACCAGAAGAAUAUAGAGAGGCGGAUUUUGAUCUUGAUGAGCUUUUUAGGCAAAAGAUUGAAUCUGAGGUUGAAUGCCUGUUGAUCACAAAGAUGAUGCAUGAUUUGAAGGUUGAAGCAGAUUUUCACCUUAAACAAUUGGAAGAACUGGAAGCACUGUCCAGGAAGCAAGCCCAGUUUCUGCCUAAGCUUGUGGAGGCAGAGAGUAAGGCUUCAGUGCUGAAGAACCAAUCAGAAGAACUGGAAAAUCAUCAUGGUGGAACUUUAGAAGUUUUGGAGUCUUUUAUGAUGCAAAAACGAGUAUAUAAGGUGACUUUUUACUUUUGGGUACAGUUUUUGUUGUUAAUCUUGGCCUUUUGGUUUUUCACGUCACAGUUGGCCCCCAAUGCAAAGGCUGUUGUACCCACAUAAGUCUGCAAAACUAUGUUCCAGUUUCUGUAUUCUAAAAUUGCUUAUGAAUGUAACUAAAAUUUCAUCAUCUCACAAACUCAUCCUCCCCCCAGCCCCCUUCUCUUUGGGUAGGGGGAUAUUUGCUGUCUUGUUUUGAAUUCUUUUGUUCACCGCUGUAACUGAAAUUUUGGCUUUUUAUGCAGUUUUUUAUUGUCAUUUUGUCCA